AUCUAAUCCCGGUUUAAAACUAAAUUUGGAUUACAUUUUUGAUAGAUGUUUAUUUUUUAGCUAGUGUUUACUAAACAUUGUUUAUAAUUUGUAAUACCUUCUUAAACGAGAUUAAGAAUAUUGGGGUAGAGGCUCCUUUUUGUUGUGCCAAGAAUUAGCAUUUUCAUAUUGUUUAUAUCAUUUUGUUUGGCUUGACACUUUAAAAUAUGGAGGAUAUACAUGAGCAAUUGGAAACAAUUAGAGAUUUUGUCAAAGAAGAAAUAAAAUGUUUAGAAGAUUUGCUCCAUCCUAUUGAUUGUAUAUUAUCUGAGCUAAAGGAAUCAAAGGUAGAAUAUGUUGAUUUGUGUACUGCCGUAAAUGUUCUUGCAUCCAGCUGCAAAUCUGUUGAUGAAGCCAAUGGAACUUUAAUUAAAAACGUUAACAACUUAUCAAAUAUUCUUAAGCCUAGUAUUCAGUGGCAUUCAAAUAAAAAAGAAAUGCUAGAAAUGUUUUACCUUGAUGGAAAUUCCCCUUGGUCAUUUUGGCUUACUUAUAACCCUUCAACAGAAAUUGAUAGUUUGUAUAAAAAACUCGAACUUAGGCAUUCCAAACAUAUGCUUAAAAAAUUGCAUAACCCAAAAGUUGGUGAUUUCAUCUGUUGUUAUGAUAAAAAAGUUAUAUUUAGAGCUGUAAUUAUUGAGGUCUGCAACACCAGGAUUAAGGUGAUUAAUGUGGAUAGAUACAACAUAAAAAUUAUAAAAUUAGAUGCUUGCUUUGAAAUCACUAAAGACUUGUGUGAAAUUCAUGCUAAUUCUAUACAGUGUUGUUUGACAAAGGACAAGAAGUUCGAAGAUAAAUGGAAUGAAGAUAUAGGCCGGCUUUUGCAAAAUACAUUGCGAGAAUGUCGUUUAACUGUUAGAAUUGUGGAAGAGAUACAGGCUCUUCCACCUUUAUUUGUUGUGGAAAUGUAUGCAUUUAAUGAAGCUUUGGAAGUGGAAACAAAUAUCAGUGAAUGGAUCAUCUCACGCCUCUUGCCAGAAUUAAAACAUUUACCUUCUGAUCAUGAUCAUGUUCUUGAUUAUUUUUCGGAUGAAGCCCUAGACCCCUUCCUUGUUUCAAAUGUUGCCCAAAGUAGUUCAGUGCCUUCUAGUUUAGAAAUCCGCAAUGAAACAAAACAGCUUUCACCUAAUGCCCCAGAUGAUAUUUCUAGUUUUAUGAAAAAUAUUUCAUUGGAAGAGAAUUCUACCAAGGAUAAGCCUAGAAAUAGAUUAGCCCAUUUAAUGAAUGCUGAUAUCACAGGAGCUAGUACAAAUGUUCCUCUCAAGCUUGACAAUAAUUCAUUUGUAGCUGAGAAAUUAUCCACCAACUCAAAUUUUUCGGACGUUUUUUCUUCUAAUGGAAUGGUUCAAUUCAGACCUAUUGAAAAUGUAGCUAUACCUGCAGGUUCUAGUACUGGUAAAGAAACAAAUGAAGUUUAUGAUGAAAGUGUGUUGAAUGGUUUUCGUGAAGAUUCAGUGAUUCCAGGCAAUUAUUUUCCUACAGACGAUGACAGAAUAUGUUCUUUUUUUGUUAAAAAGGGAUUCUGUUGGAAGCCAAGCUGCAAAAAAUUACAUACCAAAGUAUCCAGAGAUAAGUGGACUGAAGAUUCUGCGGAAUUAUAUACAGAUACUGUAAACUCACCAAAUUUACCGGCUAUUGGUUCUUUUGUUACCAUGAAGGUUACUUAUGUUGUUUUAUGUAAUAUAUUUUAUGCCUUACUCCCUGAGAAUUUUUCAGAUACUGUUGAAGGAUGUGAAACCGCUGCUUCAUUAAACAAAAGUUUGAAUUCACCAGAAGCCAAAAAGGAGUUUAAGUUACUUUCUACUCCUCCUUGCCUCGGUCAGCUGCUGGUAGCCUAUAGCAGUGAAAAAUCUAUGUGGUUGAGAGCUUCUGUACGUGAUGUUUUAGAUAAUGGUAUUUUACAGGUAUUUUUUGUGGAUUUUGGUGUCAUAGAAGAACUUUCACUUGAUAAGUGUCGAGAAAUUGAACCACAGUUUAUUCACCUACCAUGCCAGGCUGUUUAUUGUACGUUAGCUAAUAUAUUUGUCGAAAGCGGUAUGGAUGAUAAGGGAAAAUCAUUUGUGAAAUCACUACUGUUGGAUCAAGAAAUUGAGGUUCAAAUAAUUGAUAGUGAUGUAAUAAAUAAUCGAUUAGAAGUUGUGGCCUUCCAUAAUGGUGUAAAUAUUAACCGUCUACUGAUUGACAAAGAGUUUUGUUUACCUUUCCACCGAUAAUUUUAAUAUAUCCUCUUUGUAAAAGCAACAUGAUGCUUCUCACAUUGUUAUAUUUCAAGAGAGUGAAAAACAUAUGUAAAUAUGUAUAUACCUCUGUAAUAUAUAUGUAUAAAUCUUUUUUAUUUUGGACUCAUUAAAUUAAUUUGAAUUUCAUAACAUUUUGUUUUCUUCAGAUUCAGUGGGUGAUAAUAAAUAAAAUAUUGCAUAUAUUUCAAUUUCCUGAAAAAUUGAGAUAUCUCAUGUUGCUUAUACUGAGACAUCAGACUUAAAUUUUGUAUCGAGAGAAUGUAAAUAUGUGUUUAAUUUUUAUAUAAGGGAUAAUUUUUAAACUGUUAUAUAAAUAUAUUUUAUUAAUUAUUGGAAAAACCUGUUUUAUGGAAUUCAUUACUGAAAUAACUAAGAAUUUAAAUUUAAUAUAAGCAUAUAUCAACGUAUUAAUCACGUUUUACUGUAAGACAUAAUAAACUUUUGAAUAUUAAGUGAUAAAUAUCACAAAUUUAUUAUAAAUUUUAUUUACUAUGACUUUCAUUAUUUUGUUUAAUUAUUUAAUUUAUUAUUGUUAUAAUAAUUUUAGUCAGUUAAAAAAUAUAUAUACCUCUGGUAGUUAAGUAUAUUAGUAUAAUUACAUAAAAUAUGUUUAAAGAAGUGUGAAUAAUUUUCUAUCCCUGCUCUUUUAUUGAAUCAUUUUUUAAUUAUUAAUGGACUCAAUGCUGGAGACUGUUUUAUUACAAUAACCAGCAGAAGUAUGAUAUCUGCUGUCAAUAGUAUGAUUAAUAUUAUGUACUAACAUAUAUGUAGUGGAGUAUAAUAUAAGGAGACUGAAAAUAUCGGUAAGAGAGAGACUACUCCAUCUUAAUAAUAAAUUCUAAAGAUAUAAAUUUCACUUAAAACUCAUUAUGUUAUUGUUAAACAAAGA